AUGGUCGACAAUAAACGUACGUUUACUGCGCCUCAAAGCUUACUUGAAUCCAACCUUACUUUUCCUAAUGAUGAACCGUCACUUACUACAAUCACUGUUACACGGGAGAGGUGUGUUGAUCCGAGUUUAAUAGAUUCAUUUCUGAGGUUUCUGAGGCAUGGGAGUGAUGAUAUAAUCAGACAAAAAUUAAAUAACUAUAGGAAGGCCUCUUCCAAUGGGAAGAACAAGUGUAAAGAAUUUUUAAAGCAAGAGCUAUAUCCAAAUUGGCAAAUACGGAACAAUAUAAUUUCCUUUUGCGAAAAUGAAGCAGCUAACAUAAAAACUGAGACCGAUCAAAAAUUCAACAAUAUUGGAGGGAGUGUCAUCGAACCCAUUACAGAUGCAAGGAUUGAUCCUUAUGCAGCGAGGGAAAGAGUGGAGGAACAAGAAGCCCAGUAUAGGGAUUGGACGAAGGUCACAGAGUGGGUGGCGAAUAACAGAAAAAUAGAGCAGAUUCUAACCUCUACAACAGAUGGAAUUUUAAGGCAAAAUUGCGAGCAAAAUGAAGACUACUUAAAACAGUUUUCUCGUUUCUGCAAAGACAAUGCCUGA